AUGGCCGGAUCCGAUGCGACGACCGCGCGGCACUCGCCUGAACCCGAGGAGGCGCAUGAGCUUGAAGCUGGCCUUUUGGAGAAAAAGACGAAGCUGCCGCUUGCGCAACCCCGAUUAUUGACCCAGGUCACACUCAUCACCGAGAAACUUCAUCCGGCAUUUUACAUUGCCUUCUGGAUAGCAACCAGCUCAGGCGUCAUUUUGUUCAACAAAUGGGUUCUUGCUGCUGCAAACUUUCGCUUCCCACUAUUCUUGACAACAUGGCACAUGACAUUUGCCGCUGCCAUGACGCAGCUCAUGGCUCGCUAUACAACUUUGCUAGAUUCGCGACACAAGGUGCCCAUGGACUUUGAGAUUUACAAGCGAGCGAUUCUGCCCAUUGUCAUUUUAUUCAGUCUGAGCCUGAUUGGAGGCAAUCUAGCCUAUCUCUACCUUAGCGUCUCUUUCAUCCAGAUGCUCAAGGCGUCCAACGCGGUGGUGACACUUUUGGCUACCUGGGCAUUCAAGAUUGUGCCACCCAACUUCAAGGUGCUCGGCAACGUGUCUCUCAUUGUGCUCGGAGUCGUCAUUGCUUCCUUUGGCGAGAUUCAGUUUCAUGCACUGGGGUUUUUAUUUCAAGUCUGCGGCAUUAUUUUCGAGGCUCUGCGCCUCGUCAUGGUCCAGAGACUACUCAGCUCGCCAGAGUUCAAGAUGAGCCCCAUGGUCUCUCUGUACUACUACGCCCCAGCCUGUGCGGCCAUCAACGGUGCCCUGAUGGCUGUUGUCGAAGUCCCGCGCAUGAGACUGGCCGACUUUUCCAGUGUCGGCAUUCCAUUGUUCAUCGUCAAUGCUUGCGUCGCAUUUUUACUAAACGUCUCGACGGUUCUCUUGAUCGGCAAAACUUCUGCCGUUGUCUUGACCAUGUCUGGCAUACUCAAGGACAUUCUGUUGGUGGCUUCGUCGAUACUGCUCUUUGGAGACCCCGUCACUGGCCAGCAAUUCGUUGGCUACUCGAUUGCACUCGGCGGUCUGGUCUACUACAAGCUUGGCAGUGAGACGCUGAGUGCGAUUGCCAAAGAAACGACCUUGGAGGUUAACGAUAUCCGGCAAAACCACCCUGCGAGGCUCAGAUACGUUCUUUUCGCUGCUGCGUUAUUUAUGUUCUGCCUGCUGUGGGUAUCUUUGCGCACGAAUGCGCCGUGA